GCCACUUUCACUGCAUUCCCACCUGCCCGGAGAUCUAAUAAGAGGAAGGGAUUACUAGAAAACGUACAGGCUAAUAACAAACAACAAAGCUCAAGAUACCAGAGAAAACCCUAAUCCUCUCUCAGCUACAGAAGCCACUUUGGUUAAAAAGAGAACAAUGGACUGUACUGAUGAGCAAUCACUUGGGGAAAGCAGUCAUAAAUUUCACUAUCGCCUUUAUAAUAACCCCAGAAAGUUCAAGCCCUUCGAAGAGACAGCUCCUUUCUCUAUGCCAACUGGAUCCAUCAUCUCUAGACUACUUAAAACUGCCAGCAGUACCUCACACGUCCAGGAGGGAGGAGCUAUCGAGCAGCCCUUUGAAGACAUUAAUACAGAAGGAGAUGGAAGUGCUGCAGCUUCCCCUGGAAACAGCCCAGAUCACCCUUCAAGUCCUAUUGGUAAGAGAAGACAACUUGAUAUGGAAAACCUUUACAGAGAGUACAUGCGAGUCAAGAGGGCACGGAUAGAAAGCAUUAUUCGAAGCAUGGGUUCAUCCCCAGCCCAAGACUUAAAUAUGACUAGUGGUGAAAGUGGUGCUCAUUCCUGUAGUACAGAGAGGGGAUGGUCUGCUGUUGACAGAAGUGAGGUGAAGACUACUCAAGAAAAUCCUAAACCAAAAAUUAAGAAGGAAGGAAGACAACAUGAAAAGCGAGAGUUGAAGACACAACUUGACAAUAUGAGAGAGCAGCUAUUGCAGCUCCAAGAAAAGGUUUAUCACUUAUACAAUGGGGCAUUAGAUGAUGAUGAGGACUCGGAUGAAACCAUAAGAGAACAAAGUGCACAGACAGAAGAAUCCUCUAUAGGAAGAGCCCCCUCCCCUUAUAUUGGCAUGGAUCUUAACAGAGAAACAGCCUAUCAAGGGUCAAAAUUCAAAGAUCUGUUGACAGCAGGGGAUGUUGAAAAAGAAUAUGAACACCCAUGGGUUAGCAUGGAAGGGCAGAAACUGGCUGAUGCCCUGAAAGAGGAGUUGAGCACUGUAGUGGCGCAAGUUAUAGACACUGUAGUUAAGAUGUUUUCUCCUUAUCAUCAGCAUCAAGCAAGGUUUGAGCCACAACAUGGUCCUAUUAUGUCAGCACCUGCUUUCCAGUCACCUCACCAAAAUCACCUUCACCAUUCCCAUAUGGUCCCAGUUAACGAUCGCCAGGAUCCUUGUGCAGAACAUCAGUCUUUUCCUUGCUUGGAAAGUGACUUACCAUCAGGAAGAGAAAAUGCUGCUGAUCCCUUAAUGGAGUGCCGAAACAGGGAUUUCAUGUUUGACCAAGUUGAAGCCUUGCCACUUGUGGUACGGAAGUCUAUGGACAGCCAUGGACCUAUUUCUAGAGGCCAUCAUCAAACUUCAAAGGACUCAAUAUUAGGCUCUCCAUUCCAGCAUCCACUUCCAAUUCCUUUAGUUCAUUACACAAUGCAGAGAAUGUUUGCCUCUGCCACAGCAGCCUCAGCAGCUAGAGGUAUUCCACCAUGUAAGGACAGGAUGUCUCCAGAUGCCUACUUGGAGAUGACCAGUCUCAGUACUCAGUUGUCCUCCCACCAUUCAAGCCAGCAGCACCCGUAUCCAUCAAUGCACUUGCUGAGCACCUUGGAUGGUAUGUCACCAGGGAUGCCAAAAAUGAAACCUGACACCAGUGGAUUCCAGGAAUCAGGAGAGCCUUCUCUGUACCUGACUUCUUCAGCCUCACAAGAAGGCUUGUCCCCCAGCCACCUCAAGAAAGCCAAACUGAUGUUCUUCUAUACCCGAUACCCAAGCUCCAAUACUCUCAAGAUCUACUUUCCAGAUGUUAAGUUUAAUCGCUGCAUCACAUCCCAGCUGAUCAAAUGGUUCAGCAACUUUCGGGAAUUCUUCUAUAUUCAAAUGGAAAAGUUUGCACGUCAAGCUAUCAGCGAAGGGGUCACCAGUCCUGAAAAGCUCAGCAUAAAUCGGGAGUCUGAACUCUUUCGGGUUCUUAACCUUCACUACAACAAAUCUAAUGACUUUGAGGUUCCUGACCGAUUCCUGGAGGUGUCACAGGUUACCUUAAGAGAAUUCUUUUCAGCUAUUCAUGGAAACAAGGACUCUGAUCCUUCUUGGAAGAAGGCAAUAUAUAAGGUAAUCUGCAAACUUGACAGUGAAGUCCCAGAGUUCUUCAAAUCUCCAAACUGCCUGCAGGAUCUAUCCCGUGAAUAAACAAACUUUUCAGAAUUUUGGAAAUCUGGGAUAUGGUGAGAUUAAACAAUGUCAGCUAACUUACUGAUUCAUUAUAUUGUGCAUAUUUAACCAACAAAUGAUGCAUCACUUGCACUGCAGGUUUUCAUUCCAACUGAUUCCUUAAUAAGACACCCAUUUUAAAUGAACUCCUCACUGUGACUCAGUGUACAGGCUGUGGAUUGGAAUAGACACUACGGGGUGUAUUCUUGUUGAUUCAAAUGAAUUAGACCUCAAACUGUAUUCAAGGAGUUUACUUAUCUAUCUGCUUCAUAUUUUUGAUAUAUUUCUUUGCAGCACUCUUUCUUUAUAAAUAUUCCUUUAAAAGGCAGCUUAUUUUAUCGAGCAAUCCAGUAAAUAAACAGAAAUAAU